ACAAGCCUUUUCGUGUGCUGCACAAAAAAAUCUGAGAGCAGCGGCACAAAAACCGGUGAUGCCUUUCCUAAGAACAAUUGAAGCGCACGAGACCCCUCAAUCCUCAAAACAUCAGGAGCGAGGCUGGCUUCCAGUGGGAGAAGGCCCGCAGCCCUGCCCGCACUCAGCUCUCCCGGCCUCCUGACCUCUGCUAACUUGACCUGUCGCGCCCAGAGAGCCUGUAGCUCCACUGCACCAUGUGUGGCAUUUGGGCCCUCUUUGGGAGUGAUGACUGCCUUUCUGUUCAGUGUCUGAGUGCUAUGAAGAUUGCACACAGGGGUCCAGAUGCAUUUCGUUUUGAGAAUGUCAAUGGAUAUACCAACUGCUGCUUUGGAUUUCACCGAUUGGCCGUAGUUGACCAGCUGUUUGGAAUGCAGCCAAUCCGAGUGAAGAAAUAUCCUUAUUUGUGGCUCUGUUACAAUGGUGAAAUCUACAACCACAAGGAGAUGCAACAGCAUUUUGAAUUUGAAUAUCAAACCAAAGUAGAUGGUGAAAUAAUCCUUCAUCUUUAUGACAAAGGAGGAAUUGAGCAGACAAUCUGUAUGUUGGAUGGGGUAUUUGCAUUUAUUUUACUGGAUACUGCCAACAAGAAGGUGUUCCUGGGCAGAGAUACGUAUGGAGUCAGACCUUUAUUUAAAGCCAUGACAGAAGAUGGAUUUUUGGCUGUGUGUUCAGAAGCUAAAGGUCUUGUUACAUUGAAGCACUCCACAACUCCUUUUUUAAAAGUGGAACCUUUUCUUCCGGGACAUUAUGAAGUUUUGGAUUUAAAGCCAAAUGGCAAAGUGGCUUCUGUGGAAAUGGUUAAAUAUCACCACUGUCGGGACGAGCCGCUGCAUGCCCUUUAUAACAGCGGUUUUGAGUUAGAAACUGUGAAGAGCAAUCUCCGGAUCCUUUUUGAUAAUGCUAUUAAGAAGCGUUUAAUGACAGACAGAAGGAUUGGCUGCCUUUUAUCAGGGGGUUUGGACUCUAGCUUGGUUGCUGCCACUCUGUUAAAGCAGCUAAAAGAGGCCCAGGUACAGUAUCCUCUCCAGACGUUCGCAAUUGGGAUGGAAGACAGCCCUGAUUUACUGGCGGCCAGGAAGGUGGCAAAUCAUAUCGGAAGUGAACAUCAUGAAGUCCUCUUUAACUCUGAGGAAGGCAUUCAGGUCCUGGAUGAAGUCAUAUUUUCCUUGGAAACUUACGACAUUACAACAGUUCGUGCUUCAGUAGGUAUGUAUUUAAUUUCCAAGUAUAUUAGGAAGAACACAGAUAGUGUGGUGAUCUUCUCUGGAGAGGGAUCAGAUGAACUUACACAGGGUUACAUCUAUUUUCAUAAGGCUCCUUCUCCUGACAAGGCUGAAGAGGAGAGUGAGAGGCUUCUGAAGGAGCUCUACUUGUUCGACGUUCUCCGUGCAGAUCGAACUACUGCUGCCCAUGGCCUUGAACUGAGAGUCCCAUUCCUGGAUCAUCGAUUUUCUUCCUAUUACUUGUCUCUGCCACCAGAAAUGAGGGUUCCAAAGAAUGGAAUAGAAAAACAUCUCCUGAGAGAGACAUUUGAGGACUCUAAUCUGAUACCCAAAGAGAUUCUCUGGCGACCAAAAGAAGCCUUCAGUGAUGGAAUUACUUCAGUUAAGAAUUCCUGGUUUAAGAUUUUACAAGAAUAUGUUGAACACCAGGUUGAUGAUGCAAUGAUGGCAGCUGCAGCCCAGAAAUUUCCCUUCAAUACUCCUAAAACUAAGGAAGGCUAUUACUACCGUCAGAUCUUUGAACGCCACUACCCAGGCCGAGCUGACUGGCUGACCCACUACUGGAUGCCCAAGUGGAUAAAUGCCACGGACCCUUCUGCCCGUACCCUGACCCAUUAUAAGUCAGCUGCCAAGGCUUAGGUGCCUUCUAAGCUGUGGAGUUAAAGUGAAUGUUUCUAUUGCUGCAAAGUGCAGGGAGACUGGGGCCAAGUAGACAAGCCGUGAGGCUUACUUGGAUGUGAAACAAUAAAAAGUCUUACAUCUAAAA